AUUUAAAAGAUUAAGUUACAGCGAUUAUAAGCUAAGAUACUAAUUCUAUUUACAUUCAAUGUCGACACCAUGGAUGCUGCACGUGUUUUAGUAGUGAUUUAUUUAUUAUGCACGACUGUUACGUUUGUAUUGUGCACGUUGUUUACUAGUGAAGUGAAAUUGCCACAAGGAAUAUUGAAAGGUUUAAAAUUAGGAGGCUACAAUGCUUAUUUGGGAAUUCCAUACGCUUCCGUCCCAAUGCGAUUUCAUGAGCCGGGACCUGCACCGUCUUGGACAGACACUUUUUAUGCUACGGAUGGAUCAAUAAAAUGCUCUCAAACACUCGCAGUGCUGAAAAUAAUAGUUGGUCGUGAAGAUUGCUUAGUAGCUAAUAUUUAUACUCCAAAUGAAAGCAACAAUUUAUUACCGGUUAUGGUUUUCAUUCAUGGUGGAGGAUUUUAUUACGGAAGUAAUACAAAUCUAUUGUACGACGGGAAAUAUCUCGUGCAAAAAGGUGUAAUAGUGGUGACGAUAAAUUAUAGGCUUGGAGCGUUUGGAUUCUUGUGCUUGAAUGACACAGAAGUCACAGGAAACAUGGGCUUGAAAGAUCAAGUUGCCGCCUUAAGGUGGAUAAAUCAGAAUAUAGAGAGUUUUGGAGGAGAUCCUAAUUCGGUUACGUUAAUUGGGGAAAGCGCUGGAGCGACCUCCGUUCAUUAUUUAACUUUGUCAGAAUUAAGCAGGGGUUUAUUUAAAAGAAUUAUUUUGGAAAGUGGCUCCAUACUUAUACCCAUUGCAUUUGAAGAGAAUCCUGUCAAUAAAGCAAUGCUGUUAACAUCCAGACUUGGCCACAAUUUAACGGAUCAAAACGAUAUUUUAAAAAUUCUACAAAACGCGCAUGAGAAAGAUAUUGUGAAGGCUUCGGAUGCUGCAAGAAAAAAUAAUAAUGGUGAACCCUUUAUCUUUCAACCGUGUUCCGAAAAUACAAAGAAAAGUAAGAAUCCAUUUAUAACAAUGAGCCCCAGAAAUCUAUUAAACUCUUUUAAACUUGAUCCAAACAUAGAUGUCAUAAUAGGUUUUAACGAUAAGGAAGGAAUCAUGUUCGCGGGAGAGUUUAAUUACAUGGACUUAGAUAAUCUUGAAAAUAAUUUAUCUAGAAUUUUACCCCAGAAUCUAAAAUUUCAAAAUGAUUAUGAAAUCAAGGAGCUUCUCAAGGAUGUCAGAAAAAUAUAUUUUCAAGAUAAACCGAUAACAAGUGCUAGUUAUGAUGGACUUAUAAAUUAUUUUUCGGACUCUUUGAUAGUAUAUCCUUCUAUAGAAACAAUCGACUUUUUCCUAAAGGUCAACGCUACUGUAUAUAAUUAUAUUUUUAAAUACGACUCUAUACGAAAUUUAAAUAAAUUUAUAUCCGGUCUACCGUUAACGCCGGGCGCAAACCACGCAGAUGAAUUAUUUUAUAUCUUUGACCCAAUAUUCUACAAAUUCCUACCAAAUUUACCAAAGGAUGAGAAGAUGAUAGAUGUGAUGACUAGUUCCUGGACUAACUUUGCAAAAACGGGAAAUCCCUCGACUACUAGUGUGAAGUGGAUAAAAAGCGAAAGGAAUAAUCUAAAUUUCUUAUCCCUAGGAAAUGAAAUUAAGUUAACAUCUAUGCCAUUUGAGGAACGUAUAAGAUUCUGGAGAGAUGUUUACCUAAAAUAUGCCGCAUAUUAAAUUAUACGAAACAGUUAUACAAUAUUUCUUUAUAUAUUUUAAGCGUUUGUUUGUUGACAAGUGAAAAGUGUGAUAACUCAGUGGUAAGGACUUCAAUCAAAAAGUCGAAGGUGGCAGACCAGACUAGCGGGCAAGAACUAGUUUUUCAAUUUAUUCACGCAUUAUCCACAUCAACACUGCUUCAAAAGAGAAAAGAAAGCAUCGUUAGGAAACCGGCAUCCAAGCGUCAAAAUUUUGAUAACAUGCAUCAGGCCAACCCGCCUCAGUUUAGUGGAUUAUAGCCUGAACUCUUUGCAGCAGAGGCGACAUAAUAUUCUAUGGGCUGAUGAUGAUGACGAAUACACCUAAAAUGUAACUGCUGUAAACUGCUAACCUAACCCUUUACGAACCUGUCUUAUUUCUAUAUUUCUUAAUCAAAACAAGUAGGUACCUAGACAUCUAAUAAACAAG